CUUUCAUCGUCUGUGGCGCGCACAACAAAAAUAACAGCUGUACCGUUCCUCCUAACCUUAAAGCGCUCCUCAAUCUUUUUCAUCAAAUCGAUUACGCUUCACGAGUUCUUAGUCGUAGUUAUAAUUGUUAGCAAUCACGUUAAUUUAUCUUGAAUAUAGUCAGUCAAGUAUCAGUGAACAGCAGCGAUGGUGAAAGUCAAUAUACGAUGGAAGACGGCCGAGGAUUAUAAUCUUUUACGAGGAAGUAGUUUUGCGACAAAAAUCAAUUAUUUCUGGCGCAAAGGAUGGACAGAGAUCCCAGUAGUAAUGGGAGGCUCGAUCUUGAUGCUAGCAGGGUUUGCCAUGGGAGGUUAUGCGAUUUAUUAUGGUUUGUCGCACGAUAUGACACCAAAAUAUUACAAAACGACAAGAAUUUACAGACCGGAUGACCCGCGAGUUCAGACGAUCCGUUACGUCUCAGUACUUGACAGUUGAAAUUUGAAUUUUCAUUUAAUGAAUUCUCAUAGCACUAUAUAAUGAUACACAGCUGUUACAUCCUAUUGUAGAAUGAUUCGAAUAAAUGUAUAAAUUAUUAUACCAACUAA